UCCAACGCCGCCGCAGCCGCAGUCUCCCCUUCGCCAAUUCAUCCCAAAUCAGACGGGAUAGUCUCUGUUACAAUCCCGUCAAGGAUUGAUGGGCAAGAGAGACACACGUUGACACAUUGUCUGUGAUUGGUUGGUAUAAGACUUAGGUCGACCUUCUCGUACUCUCUCGACGCGUUCCUCCUCCUCCUCCUCCCCCGCCGGCAUCGAACGUUCCCGUGUGGACACAGAGUCCCGACCAGAGGAUCUGUUACGUAGUCCGGCACCCGUGGGAAUGGGUCAUGAAUAACAUGGCACACGCUGCAAUGGAAUCGAUGGAUAUGCCGUCGGCCUUGCCGUCCUCCCUCCUGGCGGCGGCGGCAGUGCCCGCCAACGCGACGCCGGCGUCGGCUCGUCGACGCCGGACCAGCCGACGUGAACGAGGCCUCCAUCCCGCCACGCUCAAGCUCGAAAUUGUACACGGCACCGAUAUUGUCUACGCCGUGCACGGCACGUCGGCGGCCUUUGACGGACUGGAAGAUAAGGAUGAACUCGUUCGGACGAUGCAGCGGUGGGGAUGCGAUCACUUGAAAUUGUCGCCACCGUCGGUCUUGAUUAAUUGGGACGUGACGCACGAAGAAUGCCUGAACGUUGUGGGGAAGCAGUUGCCCGCUGUGGAAUCCAAUAAGGAUGCCAAUGUGGUUGCCGUCCUCAAGGAACCCAUGGGAAGCCAAGGUCAAGGUAUCUUCUUUGUCAAGAACGCGGAAGAAAUCCAUGUCGUCAUUGAGGAACAUCGACAACGAGCCGAAGCCGAACCGGCCUUUUUGGACAAUCUCAUCGAGGCCAAGGGUCGCAUCCCGAGUUGGGUGCUGCAGGCGGAAGUGGUUCCUUCCCUACUUAUUUUUGACGGCCGUAAAUUUCACAUUCGAACCUACGUCGUGGCCGUGGAAAACCUAGACCAUCCGGAUUUGGUCGACGUCUUUGUAUACAAUCGACACGAAGUCCGGGUGGCUGGCGUCCCCGUUCCACCCGACGGCGGUACCGAGCGUGACCGCAAAGCUUACAUUACCAACGGCGCUCUUUCCACCACUACCCAACGUGUCCUGAUCGAUCAAGUCGAGGAACUCAUGUCACGGAACCUCAAGUCUGCGACAGAAGCCUUCGUGGCCGAGACCUUUGGCAAGCACUUACUGCCGGACUUUGGAGGCCGCGUGCGUUGCACCCAACUCGACAACGACGGCCCCACGCCGAUUCGCAAGUUCGCCAUGGCCGGGUUGGAUUUGAUGGUGACGGAAGAUAACCGACUAUACUUACUCGAAGUCAACGCCAAUCCGGCGGCGCCGCGGGAAAACACCAUCACGGAAGACUUUGCCAACCACUUGAAAGGUUUCUGGAGAGAUUUGGUUAAUCUCGUGACGGACGUGGACGCACCCAACUUUGUCCCCGUCAAGGAUAUACUCCAACAGCACGGGUUGUUGGAUUCAUGAGAUCGUACCGGGUACAGUGCGUUGUGGACCCUGAUUGUCAGUGAGUAUUCGGUCGAAUCACGAUUGGGCGGUAACGAAAGUCCCCGUUGGAAAAUUGUAUCAAUCAUUACGAAUAAGAAUCGGCUAAAGCGAAACGAAAACAU